AUGCGUGAAAUUGUGCAUAUACAAGCUGGCCAAUGUGGAAAUCAAAUUGGUGGAAAAUUUUGGGAGGUUAUAUCUGAUGAGCAUUGCAUAGACGCCACUGGAACGUAUUAUGGUGACAGUGACUUGCAAUUGGAACGCAUUAAUGUCUACUACAAUGAGGCGACAGGAGCCAAAUAUGUACCGCGAGCUAUAUUGGUAGAUUUGGAACCGGGUACAAUGGAUUCGGUUCGAUCGGGUGCGUUUGGACAAAUUUUCAGACCCGAUAACUUUGUAUUCGGGCAAUCGGGAGCCGGUAACAAUUGGGCAAAAGGUCAUUACACAGAAGGUGCAGAGUUAGUCG